GUGAGAGUGUGUGUGAAUGAACUUUCACAAUCCUGCAGGAGAUCAAAGCACCGAAUGGCUGAAUUAUCAGACUCCUACUACUUAGGAUUUGACUUCAGUACCCAACAGCUGAAAGUCAUUGCCAUUAAUGGGAAGCUUCAAAUUACUCACCAGAGCAAUGUCCAGUUUGAAAGCGACCUUCCAGAAUUCAGGACUCAGGGGGGAGUCCACAUCCAUGAGGACAGUCUCACUGUAACCUCUCCAGUACUCAUGUGGGUUAAGGCACUUGACCUCCUCCUUGAGAAGAUGAAGCGUGCUGGAUUUGACUUCUCUCGUGUGAAAGCCAUUUCAGGCAGCGGGCAGCAACAUGGCAGUGUGUACUGGAAAAAAGGAGCGAGGAAAACUCUGCAGUGUCUGGAUCCAGGAAGAUAUUUACACAGCCUGCUGCAGGAUAGUUUUGCUGUCCAGGACAGUCCAGUGUGGAUGGACUCCAGUACCACAGAGCAAUGUAAGAGCCUUGAAUGUGCACUAGGAGGUGCUCAACAACUUGCUGAUGUCACUGGGUCACGGGCCUAUGAGCGCUUUACUGCAAAUCAGAUUGCUAAGAUCUACCAGUUAAAGCAGGACAGAUACAAUGAGACUGAGAGAAUCUCACUGGUCAGUAGCUUUGCUGCAUCUCUUUUUCUUGGUGAUUAUGCAGCUAUUGAUCACAGUGAUGGUUCAGGGAUGAAUUUAAUGGACAUCUUCACUAAAAUAUGGUCAGAACCGUGUCUGAAAGCCACUGCACCUCAGUUGGCAGAGAAGUUGGGUAACCCUACACCACCCACCGCCAUUCUGGGCGCCGUUUCUCCUUAUUUCGUCAAGCGAUUUGGGAUGCCAGAAGACUGUAAAGUGGUAGCUUUCACUGGAGACAAUCCUGGAUCUCUAGCAGGGAUGCACCUACAGGAGGGAGAUAUAGCGGUGAGCCUGGGCACGAGUGACACUGUGUUCCUGUGGCUCAAGGAACCCAGGCCUAUGGUGGAGGGACACAUCUUCUGCAACCCUGUAGACUGCAUGUCCUACAUGGCUCUGAUCUGCUAUAAGAAUGGCUCUCUGACCAGAGAAAGGAUCCGUAACGAGUGUGCUGGAGGAUCAUGGGAAGAUUUCUCCGCUGCCCUGAGGUCCAGCCCCAUGGGGAACAAUGGAAACAUAGGAAUUUAUUUUGAUGCAGUGGAGAUCACACCUCCAGCGGUUGGGAUCCACAGAUUUGAUCAGCAUGAUAAAAAAGUAGCUGCUUUCACCCUGGAGGUGGAAAUUCGAGCCCUGGUUGAAGGACAGUUCCUGGCAAAGAGGGUCCAUGCCCAAAAGUUGGGUUAUAAGAUUAUUCCAGGAACAAGAGUCCUGGCAACAGGAGGGGCCUCGUCUAACAAGGACAUACUUCAGGUUUUGUCUGAUGUGUUCAAUGCUCCCGUGUACACCAUUGAUGUGGCCAACUCUGCCUGUCUCGGCUGUGCCUACAGAGCUGUGCACGGACUAGCUGCUGAAAUGGGAAUGUCAUUUGCAGAGGCAGUGAGUGAAGCCCCAGGAGCACAGCUCGCAGCGAGACCAACCCCAGCAGCUGAAAAGGUCUAUGGGCCUCUCCUGAAGAGAUACACAGAUCUGGAAGAGAAGAUUCUCAAGCACACAACACAAUGAAUGAUUGAAGUCACUGAGUAUCUUUACAGCGUCUUUGUUUUUAAUCAACCAUGAACAGACGUAUAAAGGACGCUGCAUUGGAUUUCUGCGUGGGGAUGUUUGUGCACUGAUUCUCUGGAUGACUCACACUGUUCAGUGUUAAUUGUGGGCAGGAAGCAGCACAUUAUGAUCAUUAAUUUGGUUUGACAGGUUCAAAUCUAUCACCACAUCAGGUGUAAAUAUUAAGCUGCUAUUAUGUAACAUGAUUCCAAUACAAGCUGUGAAAUGAAGGAAAACAAUUGCUGAUAGAAGCUAUUUGACUCGACCUCUCCUUCCUCUUUCUGAGAUGAACCACAAUUAUUUUCUAUUUAGAUGUGCGUGUGUGUUUCACUGAUACUUUGACCUAAGGCUUCUAUUAAUAAUAAUCCAUCUGCGUUUCACACGUUCCCACUCACUGACACCAGUGCGCCUCAGCUGCCACUUUAAAUCAAUUGGUCAUUAGUCUUCAACCCCAGCCUUCACACUGCUAAAUGUGAAGUGUAUAAUAGUGUGCAUGCAUUAAUGUUGCACUUCUGCAGAGCACUGUAAUGUAUUUAAGGCUACGCAUGGUGCAUUAAUUAAGAUCAUCACUUUACCACUCUUUACAGAUCUUUGGAUCAUGUGUUCCACUUUUUAAAAGUGGAAAAGCCCCAGGAGGCAUUUACAGGUGCUGAUGAUGACCUAUUGGUGUUACACAGACCCAGCCAUGAACAGUGUAAAUAAACUGGUGAAUAUACAAAAUUGUGAAUGGUGAUGACCCAGAUACCUCAAGAUAUUUUUAGUUUUGUCGCAUAUGUUUUCUCUGCUUUAUUCCUCUCUCCAAACUAGACAUCAUCAGGAUAUUAGAUUCACUUUGUGAAACCAUUUAUUAUAAAGUGACAGGCCAUUACAAGUUGUUCUCUAUAUAAUAUGGUACAUCAACUUUAGUAACCAAAGAUUUUCAUUCUAUGUUUAUUGUACACUGCACACAGAGGAAGAUGGGCUGAUUGAUUUUUCAUCUUAAAAUGAGACUCAGUGUGUGAAAUGUUUUUCAUCUCAUCAUCUAGAAGAAUUGCAUUAAAUCAAUUAAAUAGCUGGGAAUGACACUCUCAUAUCACUGCAGUGACAUGGCCACUCUGAUGGCUUUUUCUUCUAGCCAUCAAAGUCUCUAGGGAAGAAUUACACUAGUGGUUUCCUGUUGUCUUCUACUGGAUUAUUAUGGAGGUUUUUUCUCCCUCUCAACCAUUCACACCUAUGGGCAAUUUCAAGUAGCCAAUUAACCUAACUGCACGUCUUUGGAUGGUGAGGGAAACCGUAACACCCCCACACAGACCAUGCAAACUCCACAUAGAAAGACCCCCAUUGGCUGCGAGGUUCAAACCCGGAACCAUCUCACUGCAAGGCGACAGUGCUAACCAAUGCACCACUGUGCGACCCCUAUGAAUGGCUUUAUAGAAAUAAAAUUCCCUCAACAUUUUGUACUUUAAUUUGUCAGUUAUGGUUUUGUAUCUAAUCCAAUAAAAGUAUAAUUGUUUUAAUUCUCA